AUGCAAAAUUGGGGUCAAUGGCAAGUUCCGCCGGCUGGUACAGCUGCUGGACCGAUGCCACAACCACCAGCGGCUCCAGGUUAUCCUGCUACUGGCACUGAUCCCAUGGCGACAAUGCAAGCUUAUAUGCAAUAUUAUAAUCAACCAGCACCCAGUGGAUAUACUACUGAACAAUGGGCUGCAGCUCAGCAGCAAAAUUGGGCUCAAUGGCAACAAUGGCAACAACAAUAUCAGCAAUGGCAAGCACAAUAUGGUGCAAAGUAUCAAGAAUCAAUGAAACAGAUGUCUAGUAUGACUUCAGGACUUCAACCUCCUCCACUUCCUAAAGAAGACUUUUCAACAAAACCACCUUUACCACCUGAAAACAUGAACCAAAAUCUUGGUAUGCCCCCGCCUACCCAAAAUAACUUUCCAUUUGCGUUUAAACCAAACGUAAAUCCUCCCUUGCCACCUGGGCAACCACCACCACCCCCUGAAAAUCCUCCGCCGUCUGAUAAUGAUUUAACCGGUAUUAAACGAAGUGCUAAUGAUCAUCUUAAUACUAGUAGUGCUAAAAAAACUAAAAGUGAAGACGAUGAACUUACUGAUGCUGAAAGAACAUUUGACGCGCAAUUCAAACAAUGGGAAGAACAAUUUAAUAAGUGGAAACUACAAAAUGCUGAUCAUCCAGACAAGGCACAGUACAAGCAGUAUGAAGCAAAAUGGACAUCAUGGCGAGAAAAAUUGAUUGAACGUCGGGAACAAAUGAGAAAAAAACGGGAAGCGCAGAAAGCUAAAGUUGAAGCUGAAAAGAAAAAGACCUUACCCGGUGGUGAUAAAUUACUCAAUAUACUAUCGAAUACCGAAAAUCAAGGAUUGAUAAAUAAUUUAUUAGGAAUUGGAAAAACACUAGGUUUGUCUGGUAAAGAAGCAUCGUCAGUGUCAACUAGCCAACCAGCUUCAGCUUCUGUUACGGCAAGCUUACCUGUUCAAGCACCAGUACAGCCAACAAUACCGGUAAUGUCCACUACGAUGACACCUGAAGCUAGUCAACAAGCUUGGGCUGCUCAACAAUGGGCUCAAUAUAGCAUGGCUGCUAUGACUGUUCCAUCUUACACAAGCUAUCCACCACCUGUGAUUCCACCACCAGCUCCGUUAGUGGCUCCAAGUUCAUUGGGUUAUCAACCAAUGGCUCCACCGCCUAAUCCGCUGGGCAACUUUUCUCAACCACCACCAGGAUUUCCAUCUAACAAUUUUUCUCAACCAUCUUCUGGAGGAUCAUCGGGAAAUCAAAAUGCGCCGUUUAAGCCUGAUGACAACUCAAAUGCACCAUUUAGAAAUGAUCAGUAUAAUAACAAUAACAAAAAUAAUAAUAAUAAUAAUAAUAAUAAUAACAGCAACAAUAACAAUAACAAUCAGUCAUACAAUGAUCGUUUUGGCUCUAAUGAUUCUAAUAACCGUCAAGGCCAGGACAGUAUGGGUCAAUUUCGAUCUAACGAUUCAUUUAAUCGCGACAGUGGCCCGAACCGAUUCAAUCAAGAUGACCGCAGUAAUUUUUCAGGUGACCGGUUUCGACGCGAUGGACAAUCAGGUCGGGACUUUGGAUUUGACAAUCGAUCAAAUGAUUAUCGUUCAGGUGACUCUUUUGGAUCUAAGGAUCGAUCCAAUGAUAGGAACUUUGGUGAUGAUAGAUUUUCGAGAGAUGAUGGAAAUUCAAGAGAUAACAAUCGAUUUGGAGGAGCUAAUAGAGACUCAUUCAAUUCCAGUUCUGACCGCGGGUCAGGUUCAAAUAACCGGGAACAGAUGGAUUCGGAGGAUCGUUUUGGAAACAACCAAUUCAAUGAUGAUCGGUUUGGUUCUGACAGAUUUAAUUCAGGAUCGGAUCGAAGAGACAACUUUGGCAAUUCGAAUAAUCGUAAUCAAGGUAGAAAUAGUCGAUUUGACCAAACUCCUGAAAUGUCACCAGAGCUUAAAAAAUUAAUGGAAAAACGACGUGUUGCGAUGGAUAUAUUUAAACCAUCAGGAACCUUUUUAGGAGCUGAUAAAUCUGAUACAAACUUUGGUUCUUUGAGUGAAAGUUUCAAAAAAAUAACUGGUGAUUCACCAUUUUUGCCAAGGAAUCGUUCUAGCGACUUUGGUAGAAAUUCAUUUUCUGACAACAAUAAAGGAUCUUUUUCGGACAGUUUUAACAAGGGUUCAGGAUCUUUUGUUUCUAACAAUGACUCCGAUAAUAGAUUUCGGGAUGAUUUUCGCUCUCGAGGAUCUGAUUUCAACCAACGUGGUUCUGAUGACUUUAAUAAUCGUUUUGACAAUACAGGACCUCGUGGAUCUAACGAUUUUGGUCCUCGUGGUAGAGAUUUUGGCCCAAGAGGCUCCGACUCCGAUUUCGGUAAGGAUCGUGGUUUUGGUAGCAUGAUGAAUCGAUCGAAAACUCCUCCUAGAGAUGAUGCACGCCAAAAUGAUUUCAUGAAACCAUCACCUUUGAUGGAAGGACGUCAACAAGGGAUGGAAGGACGUCAGCAAGGAAUGGAAGGACGUCAGCAAGGGAUAGAAGGACCUCAGCAAGGGAUGGAAGGACGCCAACAAGGGAUGGAAGGACGCCAACAAGGGAUGGAAGGACGCCAACAAGGGAUGGAAGGACGUCAACAAGGAAUGGAAGGACGUCAACAAGGAAUGGAAGAACGUCAAUCAUUAAUGGGAGAACGUCCACCAUUGAUGGGAGAACGUCCACCAUUAAUGGGAGAACGUCCACCAUUGAUCGGAGAACAUCCACCAUUGAUGGGAGAACGUCCACCAUUGAUGGGAGAACGUCCAUCAUUGAUGGGAGAUCGCCCCCCUCUCAUAGAACGACGUUCUCCUCAGCCUGAAGACCAUUCAAUGAUGAAAAAAGGAUACUCAACAAUGACGGAGGAUCAAUCUACAAUGAAAGAGAACCAGACGCCCUCAGAGGAAAAACAACUGUCUGCAGUUAAUGAAAAAGAAAAUAAAAGCGAGCCAGUUAUAUCUCCAUCAAAUCUUCCGCCUAUGGAUAUCCCACCGUGGAUGGAUUCUCAAAUGAUACAAAAUCGGUCUGAUGAUAAAGACCAUGGUACAGUAGAAUCUUUUUCAGUUCCCGAAAAAUCUAACGAAGCAAACAAUUCUGAAACAAAAACUGAAGUCGAUAAAAAUCAAGCUGCUAGAAUUGUGGAACCUGAAAAAAAGUUGGACGUUUUACCGUUUAUGGGUGAGAAUGAUCCAAAACCUGAAGAUCUUAAUAUGGAACCACCUCCUGAAUUACCAAAUUUAGGUCCAGUUGAUAGACCAUUUGAAACAAAAGAGCAAGGACGAGACUUUAAUUCUAAUUCUAGCGACAAACCUUUUGAAAAAAGAGAAUUUGAAUCUCGUCCUUUCAGUGGUAAUGAACCUAAUUCAUUUGAAUCUAAAAAUUCAGAUUCAUUCGGACCAAAAGGGUCUAGAAAACCUAAUACUUUUGACUCUAAGAGAUCUGAUUCAUUUGGUCCUAGAAAUUCCGAUCGAUUUGGACCUAGAGGGCCUGAUGGAUUCGGACCGCAAGGCUCUGAUUCAUUUGGUUUUAAACGACCCGAUCCGUUCGGACUCAAGGGACCCGCUCCAUUUGGACGGCAAGAAACUGACUCAUUUGAACAAAAAGGACCAGAACCUUUUGGACCUAGAGGAUCUGAUUCGUUUGGUCCGAGAGGAUCUGAUUCAUUUGGACCUAAAGGAAAUGAUUCAUUUGGACCAAGAGAAAAAGAUUCAUUCGGACCUAGAGGAUCUGAUUCAUUUGGACCUAAAGGAAAUGAUUCAUUUGGACCAAGAGGAAAUGAUUCAUUUGGACCUAGAGGAAAUGAUUUAUUUGGACCUAGAGGAAAUGAUUCUUUUGGACCCAGAGGAAAUGAUUCAUUUGGACCUAGAGGAAAUGAUUCAUUUGGACCCAGAGGAAACGAUUCAUUUGGACCUAGAGGAAAUGAUUCAUUUGGACCUAGAGGAAAUGAUUCAUUUGGACCCAGAGGAAACGAUUCUUUUGGACCAAAGGGACCCGAUUCAUUCGGUCCAAGAGGAUCUGACAUGUUUGGACCAAGGGAAAAUGAUUCAUUUGGACCAAGAGGACCUGAUUCAUUUGGACCAAGAGGAUUUGAUUCAUUCGGACCGAAGACUGGAUUUGAUUCAUUUGGGUCUAGUGGACCUGGUCCAUUCGGGCCAAGAGGACCCGAUUCUUUCGGGCCAAGAGGACCUGAUUCAUUUGGUCCAAGAGGACCUGAUUCAUUCGGAUCAAGGUUCGGAUCUGAUAUGUUUGGACCAAGAGGUCCUGCUCCUUUCGAACAAAGAAGAACUGAAUCACUCGAUUCUAGAGGUUCUGAAGGGAGUAGUUUCCGAAAUCUCGAUUUGUUUGGUCCUAAAGGACCUGAUCCAUUUGGACCUAGAGAUCAAAGUGAUAAUAGAUUUUCGUCUUCAUUUGGGCCAUCCAUGAAUAAUCAAAGAGGUAGUUCAUUGCUCGGUGGUCCUGGAGGGUUAAAUGAUGAUCCCUUCAGUGCAAGAAAUCCUAAUGAUCCAUUUUUAGGUCCUCGAGGACCGGAUGACUCUGAUUUUCGUCCGGGCAAUUCUGGACCAUCCUUCAGUUCACGAACGUUUAGCGAUCUUCAAUUUAUAACACCUAGCUCUGAAAAACCUGCGCCGCUUCGCGGACUCAAUGAAAAAACCUUUGGUCCCAAUCAAGCUGCUGAUGAUCCACCUAAAAUUCCAUCACUUUUAUCCGUGAAAUUCGAUCCACCGAUAGGCAUGCUAAAAGAAACUCGCGAUGAUAUCAAAGACAGUCAUCCUCUGGACUCCAAUCGACCAUUUGAUCGACCGUUCGGGCCGAAUUCUAUAUCGGGACCUGGACCAGGGUCACAAUUAGGUCCUGAUAGAGAUUUACCAAUGCGACAAAAUUUCCCGAUGAAAGAUUUUCUUCCUCGUGACAAUAAUUCUGUAUCAUUACUAGGACCUGGUCCCAGCUCAGGACCUGGACCAGGACCUUUUUCAUCUUCGUUUGGACCUAUGCAGGGUGGUUCAAAUGAUAUGCAGCCGGGCUUCAAUAAACCUCCAAUGGAUAUGGAUAAUUCUUUUUCUCGACGCAUGGGAAAUCAACCUGGUGUCAGACGUGAUGGACCGAUGCAUCCGUCGUUCUGUAUUGAAAAACAAUUUAAUUAUAACCAUGGUGAUGGUGCUCCUAAUGAAGUGUUCAAGGAAUACAAGCCAUCAAAAGUAACAGACUAUGGACAUAUUCGUCGUCCUUCUAAUCAAGACUACGUCACACCAGUGCAUUGCUUCGAUUACUCUCACGGUAGAUUGAAACCUGUAGUCCCCGAUCAUGAAAUUUAUCCUAGGUUGGAAUUUCAAUACUGGCAAGAAAAUGAACACAAUUUGAAGGAGUAUAAUGAUAGUUUCUCAGCCUACAAAAAUCGUCUUAUUAGAAGUAAAAUGGCUAAUAAACGAAAUAGAAGAGAACCCAGUCCUGUUUGGAAGCGCGAAGAGCGCAAACGAUUCAGUGAUCAUUAUUCAUCAUGGGACAGGGAAGACAAUCGUAGAGAUAGAGACAGAGAUAGAGAUCGAGAACGGGACAGAGACAAUCGCGGAAAAGACCAUCGUGACGACAAGCGAGUAGACAAUUGGGAAGAUCGACGAGGAGAAAGUCGUGAAGACAGACGAAGAAAUAACCGAGAUGAAAAACGAAGUGACAGAGGAAAAAGAGACUCAUUCUCCUCUGGACAUCAUUCUGGAUAUUCGAAAGAUUCUAAAGACUACAAGGAUAAUAAAGAUUCUAAGGAUCAUAAAGAAACUCGGGAUAAAAAAGAACGUCAGCCAUCUUGGGAAAUUGAAAUUGAAAAACUCAGUGAAGAAACUGCACGUAAAAAUGCUAGUGAAGCAGAAAAAGCCCGUGAAAAGUUAAAUCGAAAUCAAAAGGACUCUAAUACUGAAAUAAAAAAAGACGAAGAAAGAUCUAAAGGGAAUGUAAGCCGACAGGAGAAUUCGUUGAACAAUAUCGCCGACGCAUCUAAUCAGGAUUCCAGUCAAGAUGUUACCAAUAUCGAACCCAAGUCCCCGCCAAGGACAAUGGAAUUGGCGAAAACAUCAAAUCUCACUAUUAUUGAUGACCUACUCUUCCCACCUGGACGUCAGAAUAGACCGCCAAAAAUAGCCAUCAUCUUGCGAGGACCACCUGGAAGUGGAAAAUCUUUCGUAGCUAAACUUAUAAAGGAUAAAGAAUUAGAACAAGCAGGCUCAGCGCCACGUAUUCUCAGCUUAGACGACUAUUUUUUGACUGAAAAAGAAAUAGAAAGUACUGAUGAUAAUGGCAAGAAAAUUAUUAAUAAGGAAAUGGUGUACGAGUAUGAAGAGGGAAUGGAAUCAAGUUAUUUAACAUCACUAGUCAAAGCCUUUAAGAAAAAUAUCGUUGAUGGCUUUUUCAAUUUUAUAAUACUUGAUUCUAUAAAUGAAAAAAUUUCUGACUAUGAAGAAAUGUGGAGCUUUGCUAAAUCAAAAGGCUUUCGGGUAUACAUAUGUGAAAUGGACAUGGACGUUCAAAUAUGUUUAAAACGUAACGUUCAUAACCGAACUGAAGAUGAGAUAAAUAGAAUUAUUGAUUACUUUGAGCCGACACCGAAUUAUCAUCAAAAAUUAGAUGUCUCAUCAUUGUUACAAGACGAAGCCAUCGAACAGGUACAAAUGGAAGAAGUAACUCCUCUCACUGAUAAAAAAAGUACUGACUCUAAUGAAGAUAGCCAGGAUAGUCAAGAAGGGCAGAAUCCAUUGGGAGUUAGCAAAUGGGAAAAAAUGGAAGCUGAAGACAAAUUAGACCGUCUGGAUGGUUUAGCAAAACGUAAAAAUGAUAGCAAACCUCAAACAAUGGAGGAUUUUUUGCAAGUCCGAUGGGCUGACCUGGAAGAACGUAAGCAGCAAGAAAAAUUACGGGCAGUUGGCUUUGUCGUCGGACAAACAAAUUGGAACCGUAUGAUGGAUCCUACGAUGGGCAGUAGUGCACUCACACGGACCAAUAGUUUGUAA